AUGCUUGCUCGCGCGAAUAGCGAUGCAGGUACCCGACUCCGCCGGUCCAAGUCUGCCUCGACCGUCCACAAACAUGCGAUCAAACAGCAGGCACUAGCUGCAGCUACCGCUGCCUUUGCUCGCGCGCAGGCUCAAGACGCGGCAGACCGUAACGCAAAACGCAGUGCCGAGCUCGCUAGAUCGAAGAGUAACGCCAGCCGCAAGUCUCUCACCUCCCAGGGCAGCCACUUCCCACCUCGCGACUCGAGCUUCCGGUCUUUGCAGCGUCCGAUUGCCGAGCAGAAGAGAAGUGCUCAACGCCUGUCUCAAGCUUCAGCAGACUCUACGGAACAGAACACAGAGCAAUUUCCACCCUUCUAUCCUACUCCCAGCGUGAAUGGGUCGCUUUCCAUACCGCACGAAAAUGCUAGACCUAGUUCCCAACCAAAGUCAUUCCGACAGAGUGCUUCGUCCUCGAUUACCUCGCAGCAGAUACGGAAGGCACGUUCCAUGUACUACGCAAGCAGUGUUCAGACCGGCUCACCGAUUGCUCGGCCGCCAUCCAACCCGGUAUCAGAACCAUCGCCCAUACCCUUACCCUCUCGAACAAUUCGGCCCUCACCACUGGCAGGCCCGCAUAUGCUGGUCACAUGUCUGCAUGACUUUCAACAGAAGUCCGUGAAGCACAAGCCGUCGAUGUUUCUAGCGCCCUUUAAGAAAAGACAAGACAAAGGAAAGGACAAGGGCAAGCGUGUCGCAUCGGAAGCGCAGUCUGUCUCUACAGAUUACCAGCAAAGACCCGACGAGUCGACGGUGGAUCUUGCCUUGAGCGACUUCGUGCCACCCCACGAAAUCAAGGAAAAGAGAUCGUUCUCUGGCUCUCUCAAAAGCAAGAUCAAGAAGGUCUUUCGGCGCACGUCGGGCAAGUCCAUCAACCUUCCUGUUCAGCAGAUCGAUGCCAGCCGUGACUACUUCCAUACCGCGCACUUCAGUCCACCUACUGCGAAAGACGGACUGAGUAUUCCUCCGCCCAAUGAAGAAACAUUGAAGCGCAUUCGUGCUCGGACGCCAUCACUUGAAGGCGCUUACCCCGCAUUUCUACGAUCUGGAUCCAGAAGCAACAGCACCGGAAGUGCACGGAGUAAUCGAACAUCCCGAGUGACAAGCUGGGGAACUACCGCCACUAGCGAUACGCUGACACAACGUGCCGUGAAGCGCAUGACCGUUAUCCAUGAGUCCAGAGAUAGUAUUGGAAGCGAGGCAGAUCGUGCGGCAUCUAUGAGUGCUUCAAGAAGGAAGUCGCUGCCUCACCCACCUCUCGCCGCUUUCCGCGACCCCAUGCCUAUGGAAAUUCUCACUGAAGAGUCACUAACGCCUGUCGAUGCCAAGCGUGUCUUUUCAGCAUUGAUGAAGGAGAUUGGGUCGUCGAAGUCACAAAAGUCUUCAAGCCCGGCCAAGCGAACACCGGGCGCAGAAAGCGAUGUUUUUGAGUCCAGUACCACCAAGCUCUUUUCUCAUACGCGAGAGUUGCAUUCCAGCGGAAGCCGAAACCUUCUAAGCAUUAUCGAUUCAGAACAGCGGCCGCCAUCACGACGACCGGCUACAUCUCAAAGUACUCAGAGCAAGACCAGCACGAUCAGGUCUUUUGGACGGGCGAUUAGAUCCACCAUCCGCACAGUCACUCCUCUUGGACAGCACUCGUCCCCUGAUCCAGGCCCUAUCAGUCGUGUGGAUGGUGCAAAGGGAGUACAUCGAAGAGAGGAUACAAUGCCUUCGCCAGGCACCACGCCUGAGUCUGAUGAUAGCCAGACCGAUAGUGAUGGAGUUGAGCGCAAUUGCGCCGUUCAAAUGUUUACUCCAACGGCAUCGCAAAUUGAGAAGCGAGUAGAGAGAGCCAAAGAACGAUGGAAGACUCCUCUGGACGAAGCCGGGUAUCUCCAGUUCCCGCGUGAAACUGACAGAACUUACGAUGUCGCAACGUUUGUUCAACGGACUGGAGAAAACACCAAAUCCGCUGUUCAACAUGAAGAGCAGGUCGAAACGACUUCACGUGGUAUCGCCGAUCAGUAUCUACGUAGACUACCAGUUUCGCCAAGGGUGUCCGUGUCACAAGCUUCUCACACUGCCAUGACGCCAAUGUCUCCCAGCAUCUAUUCACGGAACACAGAUGGGGUCAGCAUCCUUCCGAAUGACAGUGUCAUGUCUUUCGGUGGACCUGGUGAGGCUGAGCGAUCUCACGACGGCGGCUCAGCAGUCGUUUCAACUAGUCAGUCAAUAAGAAGCUUCGUUGUAGGGACGCCUUCUCCCCAUCGUCGCGAACCUACUCGGACUAGUCGUGACUGGAGGGCUUGGCUGUCGCAUGAGAUCUCUGGUAUGGAGCUCACCAGUCAAGAAGAUCUGAGGAUUCAUGAUCGUUUUACCACUCCGUCGAAGAAAGUUGGACCAGACUCGAGUCGUACGUCUCAUACGGAGCAUGAAGAUACGACAGUGGUUCUUAGGGGAUCGCUCGAUGUUAUCACUCCGCGACCGUAUGCCGAGGAUACGAGUGACAAAACUGAACCGACUGUUGACCGCGUGGAAGACCUCAACCGUUGUCACAACGAUGGCGCAAAUGUUGCGAGGUCAGACGCCAAGCAGUCUUCUUCGCACACUGGCACUCGCGACGGCACACACACCCCACUCCUACAGAUCGGUGAUCCUAGGAAGCUCAUGGAACACCCUCAGCCCGAAUCAAAGUUCCUUUCGAACAAGCAGCAUCUACUGCCAACACCCGAAGGUCACGCAUCUGGAACGCUCUCCGCAUUUGAAACACCAGAGUUGCCUUCAAGAAAUGACCGGUUCUCCUUCCUUAAUACUGGCCGGCGCUCCAGCAGCAACAGUCUAGUCUCGCCACAUGUUGAAUCACUCACCAACACAAAGUCGCCAGUGAGGACCCAAACCUCGCCCAAGUCAACACCUGGUUCCAAAGGCACCAACAGUACAUCCGCUCCAGCCACCAACGAAACUACACAGCGUGUACCAAUCACUACCCUAAAGAGGAGCCCCGCGCGGAAGGAGAAUGUCACUCCUCCAUCCAUCCGCAGUCAAAAGAACCCUGCUGUCUCUCCACUAGGUCUAUCAACGCGACCAAACUCGCAGCAACUACUAUGUACACCCCGCCGUGACUCACCCAGCACUAACGUUCACACCCUUGAAACACCAUCACCAAAGAAGAACGCCAGCUCAGCAGAAAUGACAACGCCCCUCCGUCCCCGCAUCCGCGCAAUAUUACGGCCCAUGUCUCCCGAAAAGCUUGCUCGUAGACCACGAAGCGCCUUCGACCUCCGCGGCACCAACAACACAGGUCGCCCGACUGUCAUAGACUUGGACAACUACUCUCCACUUCCUGGUUCAGAGCUCCGCCGUCCAGCACUGACGCUGAAGAAUUCGACCAGCUCGUUGGCUAUGAGUAAGGAACCGCAUCCUGAGACCAGGGUUUCUGUUGGGAGAGGUAUUGAGAGUGUGCUUGAUGGUGGAAGAGAAGCAAGAGAUGGGAGUGUAACGCCGGGUCAGCGAAUGGCAGAAAAGUUCCUAAGGCAGAGAAAGAGUGAAAAUGCUUUGUCACCAGGUGGCAGUGCGGGAAAGCAGAGCCUGAGGGGCGGGUUGGUGUUGGUUAGGGAGGAUACGCCUGCGUUCUUGUGACCUUACUGUUAUGUAGACAUAUAUGUAUCACGACAGAGAUAUGAAGAUGGGGCUGUUUGGAUACACGUAAGGGCGGAGAUGCCUGGGAUUGGGGUGGGUACUUGGGUUGGAUGGCAUAUGGAUGCUUUGGGGCGAAGUCGCUUUUCUGGUUGGUUACUAGGUAUGGUAUAUGCCCGGUAUUUUGUAGU